CCCUUCUCAACACCAUUUUAUGCCAUCAACUCGCUGUUCUUCACAGUAAAUUAGGCAGCGCUUGCCCACUAUGCUCUUCAGCUCGAAGAAGGCGAACCUCUGGUUCUCUUGCCUCAUUCCUUGCACUUGUAUGGCUGUCUACGGUUAUGAUUCCUCUACUUUCAACGCAGCGCAGGGUUCAGUCCAUUUCAUGAACUACUUUGAUAAUCCCGUAUGCUCCUUUCCACCCAACACCAUGCAUCGUUUAGCCCUUGAUCUGAACUAUUUAAUGGCCAGUCCCCAUCCACUAUCGGCUCCGUCAAUACCGCGAUGAGCGUAAGCAACAUCGUUGCAGGCGUUUUCCUGUCGGCUCUGGUCUCCGACCGAUUCGGCCGCAAAUGGAGUAUGUGGGUGGGCGCCAUACUUGUCAUCAUCUCGACCUUUGUUUCGGCGUUUACACCUCCUGUCAUCGGUGGUUUUAUCGCCGGUCGCGUCAUCACCGGUUUUGGCCAGGGAUUGAUGAUGCCGGCUGGACCGGUUUUCAUCAACGAAAUAGCACCGGCCAAUCUUCGGGGCACUAUCAUGAGUUUCUGGCAGCUCAACUUCGCUGUGGGAUCUUUUGUCGCAUAUUGGAUCAACUACGCAUGCUCCAAAAACGCCGAGAGCCUCGGAGAAUGGGACUGGAGAAUCGUUAUGCUCCUUCAAGUCUUUUUUCCUGUCAUCAUCAUUUCGGGACUUUUCUUCUGUCCUGAGACUCCAAGAUGGUAGGCCGUUGGAAUCCCCACUGUCUGAGGCAGACAGGAUGCUAUUCUGAAAUGCGAUGCUCAUCAAGCUGCAGGUAUGUCCAGAAUGACAGAUUUGAAGAAGCAUACGAUACCCUCUUGGAAAUACGCGACGACCCAGACCUCAUUGCCCAAGAGAUGCAAGAUAUACGACAAGCCAUUGCGUUUGAAAAAAAACAGACAAACAGCACUUGGACCAGAUACAAGUUGCUGUGGACGGAUAAAUCUGUGAGAAGGCGUAUUCUCCUCGCGGCUGCUAUCAAUAUUGGACAACAACUUACCGGAAACAACUCCCUCGCAACAUACUCUACCAUCAUUUACAAAAAGGUCUUUACUUCAAAUAGUCAGAUCCAGCUUAUCAACGCCUUAGCUGGAACCUUUAAUAUUCUUUUCACUCUGAAUGCCACCUGGAUGACGGAUUUCCUGGGCCGAAGACCUAUCCUCCUCAUUGGUGUUGCUGGUAUGGCAGUCUGCAUGUUUGCAGCCGCAGCCGUCGUCACCGAGACGCCGACUCUUGAGGAUGGAUCCAAGUCUUCCAGUGUAGGCAUCGCGACCGUCUUCUUGAUGUUCCUGUUUGCACUGUUCUUCAAGCCUUCUUGGGGUGCAACAGUGUGGAUCUGGACUUCAGAGAUCUUUUCCAUGAACAUUCGUGCGCAGGCCGUUGCUAUGACCACUCAGUGUCAGUCUAUCGCAAGCAUCAUUCUCCGCAAGUAUCCAUAUUCGCUUUGCCCGACCUGAUAACUAACAAAUAGUGCAGAACAAAUCUUUCCCAUAUUUCUUUCCGCGAAGGGAUUCUACGCUAUGUAUAUGUUUGGUGCUAUUAAUAUUGUUCUCUUUGUCUUCGUUUGGUUCUGUAUCCCAGAAACUAAGGGGGUGUCCCUGGAGCACAUGGACGUACUAUUUGGUGGCGCAGAUCACGCAGAUGUGGGAGCUGUCAUCGUCACUGAGAAGACUGUCCAUGAUGACAUGGCUUCCGUUCAUGCCACAAAGACCCCGACGGUUCGCCAGGCCAGGUAUGACAGUGCUGUGUGAGCGGAUGGAAUUUAUAAAAUGUAGGCAUAGCAUAGUAAAGGCUAUAUAGCUUUACGUUAUCCAGGUCAGUAGGUAAUCCAAGCAAAGAGGAGUUAAACAAUUUUAGAUAUUUAAUAGAAAACAACUGGUUUAAAUACAA